GUGGCGAGAGCGCUUUGGAAAGGAAGUGAACGAGAAGGGAAUUUCCUAACUAGUGAAUCUAGGUUGUUUAUUGUGUUGUUUCUCCAUGUGUUUCACAUUUUCGUAAACAACAUUUUACAUGCAGUUUUAAAAGGACAAACCUGGGCAUAUUUUAAAUAAAUCUUCGGUGUAGAGGCAGUUUGUGACAACGAGAGAAGCAUUAACCGGGUUCCAGUGAUCCGAGCGCAAUGCUGCUCACCGUGUUUUGUGCACCGAGGGACCGCUCGGAAACCACCUUUGCCCUGGACGUGUCCCCAGAGCUUGAACUCAGGGAUUUUGUGGCUCUUUGCGAACUAGAAUCAGGAAUACCUGCAGGGGAGAUUCAGAUAUUAUAUGCAGAGCAGCCUUUACAAGAUCUCACCCGUGCCCUGGGAAAUUAUGGCUUGAAGGAUGGAGACGUGGUGGUGUUAAGACAGGCCGAGAGGGCUCGAGCGCCACAGCCAUCGAUUCCAGGUCUGCCUCGCAUCGAUUUUAGUUCCAUCGCCAUUCCUGGGAGCUCUUCAGGCCAAAACAGACAGCAGCAAGCCCAGCGUCCCAGUGCCACCCAGUCACGGCAGCCCCAAGCAACCUCAGCCUCUUCUUCUCAGGGACUGGACAACCCGGCCUUGUUACGCGAUAUGCUGCUGGCAAAUCCACAUGAGUUGUCGUUGCUGAAGGAGCGAAACCCUGCUCUUGCUGAGGCUCUUCUGAGUGGAGACCUUGAACGCUUCACGAAGGUGCUAUUAGAGCAGCAACAAGAUCGAGCACGGAGAGAGCAGGAGAGAAUCAGACUGCUGACAGCAGAUCCGUUUGACCUGGAGGCGCAGGCCAAAAUUGAGGAGGAAAUAAGACAGCACAAUAUUGAGGAGAAUAUGACCAUUGCAAUGGAAGAAGCACCUGAGAGUUUUGGUCAGGUGGUCAUGCUCUACAUCAACUGCAUAGUCAAUGGACACCCAGUAAAGGCCUUUGUUGACUCAGGAGCUCAGAUGACCAUUAUGAGCCAAGCAUGUGCAGAACGUUGCAAUAUCAUGCGUCUGGUAGACAGACGCUGGGCUGGCAUUGCCAAAGGCGUGGGCACACAGAAAAUAAUUGGCAGAGUACAUUUAGCCCAGGUGCAGAUUGAAGGAGAUUUCCUUCCUUGCUCUUUCUCCAUUUUGGAAGAUCAACCUAUGGACAUGCUGCUAGGACUCGACAUGCUGAAGAGACACCAGUGUUCCAUCGAUCUAAAGAAAAAUGUCCUCCUGAUUGGGACGACGGGCACAGAGACACGUUUUCUGCCUGAGGCAGAGCUGCCCGACUGUGCCCGGCUGGCAUAUGGGCCAGACGGACGAGACGAAGCCCGACCUGAGGAGAUUGCAGACAGAGAGCUGGCAGAAGCAAUACAAAGAUCUGUGCAAGACAGCGAUAUUGAAGACGGAAAAACUACCUCACCACAAUCCCUGCCAUUUAAACAUCCCCUCAACACACCUGCAAGUACUUCAGCGUCGAGUCACCCCUAUAGUCUUAUCCUAGACCGUUCCAAGUCGGGCCCAGCCUCUGUUAACCAGGGACCGUCCCCAAUCAAUAUUCCCACACCUGAAUCAAUUGAAUCUUCUCUUCAGCCCUUGAAAGUUGGUGAACCCUCUUCAGAUCCCCAUGAUGACACCUUCAGACCUCAGUCCCAGGGACUAGCUGAUUCCACAUCAUCUUGCUUUAAGAAAGAUGCAGAUGCUCCUGUCCCAAGCGCUCUUCCUUCUCAGGAACCAUUUUCCAGUACUGUGUCAGAGAACAAUGAAGCGACAUGCAGCGUUAUUUCAGGAGAUUCUAUAGAUUUGGGGAAGAAUAGCACUUCCUCUGUAUUAGCAGAAUCUCUUACUCUUUUUAACCCAAGCUCACAGAUACAGGAUCAGGAAGUGGACAUGGACGUUUCCACAAAUGCAGAAUCUCAAAUCAAAUUGGAAACUGCCCACGACUUCCCUCAUCAGCUUCAGAGAGAGCAAGAUAUGGAAGAUGUUUCAGGGGCUCAACCACAACUCAUGCCUGUUCCAGAUAUGAACCUUCAACCCUGUCAUGCUAAGCUAGCAACCUCUUCCGAGCACGCUCCUGUCCAUUCAGACUCUGAAAAGAGUACGGAGGGUGGGCUAGUCCUGGAAAUAGACCAGCGGGAGGUGGAUAACAUCCCAUCCCUGGCUCAGGCUCUUAAGGAGCUCCAUAAUCUUUUGAUGUCUAACAGUUGCCCUCAAGUUUGUGGAGGGAGCCCUCUGUCGGAUCUUAAUACUCCAACACCUAGACAGGAUGCUGACGGGGUUGCACAGGGUCCUGCUGCAAGAAACUCAGUCAUGCUGGACCCAACUAGAGACUUGAUGUGUAUAACUGCCACAACAGAUGACAUGGAGGAUGGUGUUGCCAAAGUUGACUUGACUUCUCAAUCAGUGGGGGAUAUUCCGGAUUUACCAACAUCAAGCAAUCCAAGGCACCUAGAGAACCAAACUACAAGACUUGUUGAUGAACAAAAGAUGCAGUGCCCAUAUACCCCUGAAGAAAAUCAGGAUCUUACUAAUAAGGAAGAUUUUGGCUUGCCGUCUUUCAAGGAAGAUCAUGACGUUAGACAGUUCCAUAAAGGUCAGCAGAAGCAGGACAUUGCAGAUGCAAACACCUCCGGCAUUGACACCUUCAACUCAGCCGACCCGUCUCAGCAGCCCCCCCUUUCUGUAGCAUCUGGCUCAUCAACCGAUUUCAGCCUUGAGCCUGUUGCAUCACCUCAUCCUCAAACACAAGCCCCUGACGUGGAUUCUUCCCUUGGAUACUCCAUCCAGCCUGGACCACAACCCUCAAUGGGACAGUUUCCACUAGAGUACAUUCAGAGGAUCCAGGCAUCGGGGUUCUCGGUCAACGAGGCUGCAGAGGCACUGGAACAGGCUCAAGGCAGCGUGGAUCUUGCCUUACUGAUGCUGCUAGCAAGAAAGAUCACUGUGCCCACCUAGACUCACAAUCAACUCAUGGUGGCAUCAGUUAACAUAUGAGCCUUUUUCAUCAUGUGGUUUUCUUUAGCGGUCCUCGUCGUUUUGUACUUGAUGGUCUUAUUGAGGCUCUUUGCCAACAACAUACAUCGAUUUUUCGAGAAGCUGGCCAUAUUUCCCUUUUAAUGGAACGCUGUCUUUUUUAAGAGGUUUGCAUGUUGACUCAAUAGUUCCUAAUUGAUCGUUGGUUUUAUUGAUUUGAAUUGAAUCAAUGUGAUACACUGUCAGACAUUUAACAGGAAUAAAAAUUGUUUACUUCAACCUCAUUCAUACAACAACUGCAUGGCUUUUAGAUCUGACCUUGAACGGAAAACUCUAGUGAUCAAGAUAUGAGCUGUUGGUAAACUGCAUUGAACAGUCAUAAUUUCAAUUGGCAAUAAUCUGAGGUCAUUUUCUCUUUAAUUAUUAUUUUAUUUGAUGGUUGCCAAUCCUGUAUAACUUGACAUGUUUUCAAUAGGUUGCCUUUGAAAAUUAUUAAAGUGUAGACUUUACCGUAACUUUUGUAUGUGUUCGUAAUCCAUCUUUGACAAAUAGUUGUGAUUUGUGUAAUGACAUAUGAGAACAGCUGAGAGUGAAGGUAUGAGAACACUUUGGAGCGCUUUUAUCAUCAGUUGUGUAUCUUUUAAUCAGAUUCUUGAUUUUGUGGUAGUAUUUUAUAUUGUGUUUUUUUGAGAGAAAUAAAAGAUAAGUUGGUGCCGACAAGCAGUCUAUGGAAAGAUUUAUUUGUUUAUCUGCCCUCAGAGCAGCUACCACUACAUUUUGUUGGGUUGUCUGUUAUCUCUUAUUUGUUGUCCCUUGUCUAGACCGUUUUGAUUUUAGCAAAACCCUGACAUGCCCUUUUCAGCAGUCUGUACUGUUUUGUCAUGUCUACAUGUCAUUUUUUUACUGUAAUCUCUGGGUCAUAUAUCAAUUGAGUUCAAUCUAUUUGAAAACUAUUACAUCUUGUAUACAGUUUAAAAACCAAAUAAAAUGAAAAAAGUGAUUCUUUA